AAGAGCAGCAUUGGGGGCAGGACAUCUCAUGUGUAAUGUUGCCUCCCUCUGUCCAAGCCAGAUUCCUGCCCAGAUGGGGUGGCACAGAGUCCUUCGGCCUGAUAGGGCCUAUGUGCUGACAAAAUUGCGAGUUACCAGGACCCGAGGUUACCGUCACUGUAUUUGGACAACCAUUCCAUCUUCGGAUCUGAUACCACUGAGACCAGAUUCUGUGCUAGAGCUGGAGCUGGAUGUACCGUUCUUGGGAGCUGACCUUACACCGCUGCCCCAGCCCACCAGCUCCAGAGACAGCAGGGCACAGGACGGUCAUGUCCGCAAUUCCAAAGUCUUACAUUAUUCGGGAACAGUCACCCGUGUGCUGAAUGAGUCUGCCAGGCUCUACAUUCUAGAUGGGCAGCUGAUUCUCUGCCUCGCAUACCAGCAGAUCCAUGGCCUCAGGCGGGUGAUUCGACCAGGGGUCCGUCUGGAGCUCCGAGAUGUUCAUCUCCUCCAAGCAGUGGGUGAAGAAACAAGACCCAUUCUAGCACUUUGUCUCCAUGGCACCGUUCUUCUUCAACACUUCUCCUGUCUUAAACCAGAGACUUUGCCAUCUUUCGAAGUUUAUGGUGCCUCCUUGUAUGAGCAACUCGUGUGGGAAUAUCAGUUAGGACUUCCCUUAUACUUAUGGGCUAUGAAGGCACUGAAGGAGCUGGCCAGCAAGCUAUGUCCCUAUGUGUUGAGAUACCAGCAGUUCCUGAAGCACUCCUCUCCUGGGAACCCCAGCUUGGCCCUGCAGCUCCUGGCUCCCUCCUGGGAUGCUCUGAUUCCACCUGGCGGCCCCAUUCGGCAUGCGCACAGCGAGAUCCUGGAAGAGCCACAUAACUGUCCCCAUCAGAAAUAUGCCCAGCUGCGGACUCCCUACUCUUUCCCGACUUUAUUCGCCCUGGGAAAGGAAGGGCAGCAUAGGGCUUGGGCUACCUUUGACCCAAAGGCCCUUCUGCCUCUCUCAGAAGCUGCCCACCUAACCAGCUGCCAACUGAAUCGCCACCUAGCCUGGUCCUGGCUCUGCCUGCCAUCCUCUGUGUUCCAGCCAGCGCAGGUUCUUCUUGGGGUGCUGGUGGCUUCAUCUAAGAAGGGUUGUCUGCAGCUUCGGGACCUAAAAGCUUCAUUGCCCUGCAUGCCCUUGACUGAGACUUCACAGCCCCUCACUGACCCAAAGCUCAUAGGCUGUCUGGUGCGGGUAGAGAAGUUCCAGCUGGUGGUAGAGAGAGAAGUCAGGAGCAGCUUCCCUUCCUGGAAGGAGCUGGACACACCAGACUUCAUCCAAAAGAAGCAUGCCAGAGUUUAUAUCCAGUUCUUCUUGUCUGACGCCCUGAUCCUGCCUGUACCCAGACCCACCUCUGAUUCAGAGCCACCUCAGACAGAUCCCUCCUGCCCAGAGGGACCCCAUGGGGGACAGAGCCGACUAUUCUUGCUGUCCCACAAGGAGGCCCUCAUGAAACGUAAUUUUUGUGUCCUUCCGGGAGCCGGCUCACAGCCUCCAAAGCCUGCCCUGAGCUUCUGUGCGUCGGGAACUUGGCUUUGUGGCACACAGAGGAAGGAGCGGUCUGGAUGGGGCCCACCGCAGUCUCUUGGAGUCGAGAACAAGGAUCAGAAGGUCUCCCUCAUCUUCCUUGGCUCCUCAGUUAGAUGGUUUCCGUUCUUGUACCCAAACCAAGUCUACCGCCUCGUGGCUCCUGGCCCCCCACAGACAGCAACAUUGUUUGAGACAGAGGGUCCAUCUGGCACGUCUCUGCGUCCUCUGGAGCUGGCUGGCAUACAGUCCUGCCUCACUGUCCAGGAUGAGUGGACCCUGGAACUUGGGAGCUCUCAUGACAUACCUAAUAUGCAGGAGAUCUCCAGAGCACUGCCCGAGUCCUCGCUGACCCACCUGCUGAGUGACAACUUCUCCAAUUCCUUGGUGUCUUUCUCUGCUGAAAUUUUGUCACGGAUCCUAUGUGAACCACCUCUGGCCCUUCGCCGGAUAAAGCCUGAGAAUGUUGGGGCUGUUAAAGCAGGCGUGAAGCUAACAGUAGCUCUAGAAAUGGACGGCUGUGCCUAUCCCCCUCACCUGGACAUAUAUAUCGAGGAGCCACACUUGCCUCCCCAAAUAGGACUCCUUCCAGGAGCCCGAGUCCACUUUAGCCAGCUGGAGAAAAAGAUUUCCAGGUCCAACAGUGUUUACUGUUGUUUCCGGCCGUCCACUUCCGUGCAGGUCCUGAGCUUCCCCCCGGAGACCAAAGUCAGGGCUCCCCUGCCCCACAUCUACCUGUCUGAACUUCUCCAAGGUGGCCAGGGCCAGGUGCCAUUCCAGGCCACUACAUUUUGCCAUAUUGUUCUUGUCUUGAGCCUUCAGAUCCUGUGGGUGUGUGCUCACUGCACCAGCAUCUCUCCCCAGGGGAGGUGUAGUCGGCAGGACCACAAUUGUCCAGCUCAGACAGCUAUAAGCCAGGCCAAUGUCAGGCUCUUGGUGGAAGAUGGC